AUGGUUUCUUUGCUCUCUCCCGACACACCCAUAAAAGUGAGCUCUACGCUCGAGAAGGCUGGCAAGAAACAUCUAAUUGACGGCAGUCCAGAAACAUGUUGGACCUCACAGCAGGGCUUGCCUCAAUACAUCCAAGUCACCUUCCCUGACCGCGUCGUCCCCGAAAGCAUACAUCUGACAUUCCAAGGUGGCUUCGUUGGAACUCGAUGUGCCGUCAAAAUCUCCAAACAAGAAGGCGACGGCUACGAAUUGCUGACUCACAUUUUCCCGGAAGACACCAACAAACGCCAGGAGUUCUUGCUACCCGCGACCAGCGACGGCGGUAUUCAGAAGAUGCGAUUGGAGUUUGAGGAGAGCUCGGAUUUUUUUGGUCGAAUAACCGUGUAUGAUCUCAAGCUAUUUGGAACACACGUAUGA